CCCGAAAAUGCCCGUUAAUAAAGCAAGUUGGGGAAAAAAAUCUUCCAUAUAAUCAAAUAAGGCUUCCGCGUUGUAACAAGCCUUAAGAGCGGGAUGGAGCGGUCGAAGACGGUCGGUUGCCCGAGUGAACGUCGAAGGAGAGUGCUUACUGUUGCUGUUGUGAUCCCUUUGUUCGUGGUACAGCCAAGCGGGGAACCACCAAGUGCAGCUAAAGUAGGGGCUUGGCUGCGUAGAAUAUCUAUCUUGUUCAUGUCCCUGCCCGGGAUUUCUUCCUUGGCUGUAGCUUCGCUCCUUGGGUCUACUCCCCGUUUUUCUGGAAGGUUCUACCUAGAUGCCGGAGGAACCCAUUCCCUUCGUUGAUGUUGUAGCUUUCGUUGUUUAGAGGGCGCAUGAAUGGGGCAGCUAAUUAAUUGCAUAGUAGUGCUGCUGUUCCUGCAAGCACGAAGUCCGCGCUGUAGCUUCUGUCAUUUCAUUAGUAUUCCUCUUCUCCUCCGUUGGGAAUAGGUUGCAUUAAGGGAACAGGUAUGUAGGCUUUAGCCGGCUUCUCCCUGUGCUUACAUGGGUUUAUUGCAGCUAUCCCCUCGCAUUUGUAGCUCUUGAGCAGCCAAGCUCUAAUCAAUAGGUUCUAAAGUC